AAGAAAGCUUACAUUGCAGAUGAGUGUUUAAGAAUUUCAAAGAAAGUUAAAGUUACUAUUCGUGAUUUGGCUCAUGUUAUUGGUCUUAUCAUAUCAAGUUUUUCGGCCGUAGAAUACGGGCCAUUAUUUUAUCGAAUUUUGGAGUCGAGUAAGGUACAGGCUCUAAGGGAAAAGCAAGCCUAUUGGGACGCUGUAUCAAGAAGAUACGAGAGGACAAAGCUACAGGCAUAGUUAUUGCCCCUCUAUGGCCAACCCAAGUUUGGUUUGUCCAUCUAAUGGAACUACUUAUUCAUCCACCUCUACUGAUUCCGAAAAUGAAAGACUUGCUGACAUUGACACACAAACAGAAUCAGAGCCAUCCUCUUCGACGAAAGUUGGUAUUGAUCGCUUGCCAUGUCUCCGGAAAUCAUAUAAAGAACAAGGUCUUUCUGAACAGUCUACAAGAAUUCUCCUGGCUUCCUGGAAAACUGGGACUAAAAAACAAUAUUCCGUGUUCAUUAAGAGAUGGAUACAAUACUGUGGUAAAAAGAAGAUUAGUAUCAUUCAAUCAUCUAUAGCAGAUGUUACAAGUUUUCUCACAGAACUUUUUGAAACUGGGUUAAGUUAUAGCUCCCUAAACACAGCAAGGUCCGCAUUAUCAGCGAUGGGAAUCAUUAUUCAAGGACAUUCUGUUGGAACUCAUCCAGUUAUAUCAAAAUUUAUGAGGGGUGUGUUUAAUUUGAGACCCUCGAAACCGCGACAUAUGGUGACAUGGGAUGUAGGUAAAGUUUUGCUUUACUUGAAGAAGCUUUCGCCAGUGAAGGACUUGAGUUUGAAAGACUUAACUCUGAAACUUACAAUGCUAAUUGCACUGACAAAUGUGUUACGAGUACAUGCUAUUCAUCUUUUAUCUAUAAAGAAUAUGGUUAAAACUAAAUGUGAAUUUUCUUUUGAACUCAGUGGUUUACAAAAACAGAGCAGACCAUGUGCUAGUGUUAAAUGUGUGUCAAUGAAAGCUUACCCUCCAGAUAGGAGGUUGUGUGUAUAUACUGCCAUGAAAGAAUAUUUACAAAGAACAGUAGAUAUUCGUAAAAACGAGUUUUCAUUAUUUUUGAGCUUUAUUAAACCCCAUAAAAAAGUGUCCCGGGACACAGUGUCUAGAUGGAUUAAAACUGUGAUGGAACGUUCUGAUAUAGACACCAAUGUUUAUGGUUCACAUACAGUGAGGUCAGCCGUAUGUUCUAAGGCUCAUAAAAACUCUGUUCCUAUUCAGGAUAUUCUGCAUGCUGGUGGCUGGAGCAAUGCAGGAACUUUUUUCAAAUUUUAUAAGAAGGAUAUAAUAUCUACUGCAAAUUCUAGAUUUGUGGAUACAGUACUCAAAGAAUAAACUAAAAUUGCCAAUCUUAUUGUUUCUUUGUUACUAUAUGUAUGUAAUAUGCCAAAUAUAAAGAUUUCACCAGCUUUGAAGUCUCAUUUAUGACCGGAAGUGAUAUGACGAAAUAUAAUUUGAAAAAUUGACGAGACUUACCUUGGUACAGUUGAAGUCAAUUUUAAAUUAUGUGAGUCAUAGGACUCACUGUAGGGAUUAAAUGCCUCCCGCCCAUCCCUACAAUUUUGCCAGCUUGUGUAAGCUGUGCACAUACAAGUUUAUUUCAUGAUAAAAUGGAAUCCGAAUCUACUAAAAAAAAAAAAAAAAAAAAAAA